CCUAGCGCUAACGCGGACACAUAAAUAUAAGUAUCUGCUCCCCUAAAGGAGCAGAUACUACGAUGGGCAAAGUCAGUGGUAGCGGACAACAUGCGAGCAAAGAGGGGGUUGAAGAAGGCAAAGGAAACGUACCAUAUGAUGUUUGUGGGGAAUCCAGGAACUGGAAAAACCACAAUGGCCAGGAUGAUGGCAGGCAUUCUACACGAGGCUGGCGUGAUUAAACGCAACAAAGUAAUCGAGGUCCAGCGAACGGCCCUUGUCGGACGGUACAUUGGGGAAACCGGCACGAAGACAAAAGGAGAAAUCGACCGGGCGAAAGGCGGUGUGCUUUUUAUUGAUGAAGCAUACCGCCUGUCGUCCGAGGCUGAUAGAGAUUACGGAAGAGAAGCGGCAGAGACCCUCAUGGAGGAGAUGGAGUCUGGCGACCCGGUCAUGAUCUUCGCGGGGUACCCUACCGAAAUGGACACCUUCGCGAGCAUAAAUCCGGGAUCCGCCAGACGGGUGCGGUCGACAUUCAUCUUUCCCGAUUAUACCUCAGCCGAAUUGGCUGAGAUAUUUUUGGGAAAGGUGAAGAAGGAAGGGUUCGACACCCAAGUUAGCGGGGAUGAGUUGGCUACCCUCUUCGUGGAGAAGUUCGAUAGUGAGCAGCGAAGCCAACUGAACGCCGUAUUAAAUGACAUUAGCUGGCAUUCAAGCCACCUGAAAAGUAGGUGAGGGUGAUCAGUCUAUCUUUUAAGGGUAUAAAAUGUCUACCAAUACCUAUCCCUUACGGGAAUUUUUUUUCGAUUCUGCUAUCUCUUAGGGUAUAAAAGUCGAACAAAUUCUAUUUCUUAGUGGUAGUGGGGAUUAAGAUGGAAACCAAAUCAAAGUCGCAAAAUAUGACAACGUUUCGGACUUUUAUCCAGCCCUUCUUCAGGGGUUGAGUGCUAUCCCCUUAAAGUGUUUCUGAAGCGAAAAUCGUGUCAGGCUGUUCUUAGGCUUAUUAUAAAAUUCAAUCUUCGCUUAAUAUUGUAAAAGAAAAAUCAAAAUAAAAGAUUAUGAGGAACAUGAUGCAAUUAUUCUUCAAAGAGAGGUAACAACUGCGACAAAAA